UACCAUUGACCAUGCCCUGCUGGACAUGCCCUUCCUUCCACUCCCUGGGGAGAUGCCCUCUGGCUUCCGAGAGCAGCUGGACCACCCAUUCUGAAGACACCAGCAGUCCUAGUUUUGGCCCUUCAUACACAGACCUGCAGGUCAUCAGUGCUGAGGAGCAGACGAGUGGCAAGGCUUCCGGGGCUGACUCAACUGACAAUUCCUUCUCACUCCAGGAAGAUGAAGAAGUAGAGAUGGAGGCCAUCAACUGGCAGGUGAGCAACCCAGACAUGAACGGGCAUCCUGCUAUUCCAGUGACCUCUGCCCGUUUCCCAAGCUGGGUAACUUUUGAAGACAAUGAAGUCAGCCGCCCUUUGCCACCAGUCACCUCUCCUCUGAAGCCGAAUACACCACCUAUUGCAUCUGUGAUCCCAGAUGUACAUAAUAACUCAACUGGGUCCUUUAAGAAGAGGGAACGUCCCAAGAGCACUUUGAUGAACUUCUCUAAAGUUCCGAAGCUAGACAUUUCCUCCUUGAACCGUCCACCUUCCAUAACUGAGGCUCCACCUUGGAGGGCAACCAAUCCUUUCUUGAAUGAGACUCUGCAGGAUGUGCAGCCCUCCCCUAUCAACCCUUUCAGUGCUUUCUUUGAGGAGCAGGAGAGGCGCCUCCAAAACAAUUCCGUUUCUAGCACACCAGGCAAACGCCAAAGAGAUUCCCUCAUUGUUGUCUACCAGGAUGCCAUCAGUUUUGAUGACUCAAGCAAAAACCAGUCACACUCCGAUGCUGUUGAAAAACUCAAGCAACUCCAAAUUGAUGAUCCUGAUAACUCGGGCAGUGCCAUGUUACCUGAUGAUGACCCAAUAGCCUGGAUUGAACUAGAUGAUCACAUGCCUGCUUCAGCACUGUCCCAGCCCAGGGAUGGAUGGCCAAUGAUGCUAAGGAUCCCUGAGAAAAAAAACAUCAUGUCCUCCAGGCACUGGGGGCCUAUCUACGUGAAACUUACAGAAUGUGGUUAUCUGCAGCUAUAUUACGAGCAGGGCCUAGAAAAACCAUUCCGUGAGUUCAAGCUGGAGGUUUGCCAUGAGAUUUCAGAACCUCGGCUCCAGAGCUAUGAUGAGAAUGGCAGGAUCCACAGCUUGCGAAUUGACCGUGUCGCCUAUAAGGAGAAGAAGAAAUACCAGCCUAAACCUGCCGUGGCCCACACAGCAGAGAGGGAACAGGUGAUUAAGCUGGGCACCACCAGUUACGAUGACUUCCUGAGCUUCAUCCGUGCAGUUCAGGACCGUCUCAUGGACCUGCCAGUGUCAUCAAUGGACUUGAGCACAGUUGGCUUGAACUAUCUUGAAGAGGAGAUUACAGUGGAUGUCAGAGACGAAUUCUCUGGCAUUGUGAGCAAAGGAGACAACCAGAUUCUCCAGCACCAUGUCAUGACACGGAUCCACGUUCUUAGUUUCCUCUCGGGGCUUGCAGAGUGCCGCUUGGGCCUCAAUGACGUCCUCGUCAAGGGGAACGAAAUAGUUUCCCGGCAGGACAUCAUGCCUACCACCACCACAAAGUGGAUAAAGCUCCAUGAGUGUCGUUUCCACGCAUGUGUGGAUGAGGGUGUAUUCAGCAACUCACGGAUUAUUCUGUUCAACCCUUUGGACGCAUGCCGAUUUGAGCUAAUGCGGUUCAGGACAGUGUUUGCUGAGAAGACCUUGCCUUUCACACUCAGGACAGCAGCAAGCAUCAGUGGGGCCGAGGUGGAGGUGCAGAGCUGGCUUAGGAUGUCAACUGGCUUUUCCUCUAACCGUGACCCUCUCACUCAGGUUCCCUGUGAGAAUGUGAUGGUACGUUACCCUGUGCCCAGUGAGUGGGUGAAAAAUUUCCGCAGGGAAAGUGUCCUAGGGGAAAAGUCUUUGAAAGCCAAAGUGAACCGCGGGGCAAGUUUUGGCUCCACCAGCGUGUCUGGCUCUGAGCCUGUCAUGAGAGUGACUCUGGGAACUGCCAAGUAUGAGCAUGCCUUCAACUCCAUUGUGUGGAGGAUAAACCGACUGCCUGAUAAAAACUCAGCUUCUGGUCACCCGCACUGUUUCUUCUGCCACCUUGAACUUGGCUCUGACCGGGAAGUACCUUCUAGAUUUGCCAAUCAUGUAAACGUGGAGUUUAGCACACCCACAACCUCUGCCUCCAAAGCGGCCGUAAGAUCCAUCUCCGUGGAAGACAAGACUGACGUCAGGAAGUGGGUCAAUUAUUCUGCACACUACAGCUACAAGGUGGAAAUUGAGCAAAAAAAGAGUUUGAAGCCAGACUUUGAAGGAGACGAGAUGGAAAAUCCCAGGGAGUGUGGGGUCCAGUGACAAAGCCCUGCUGCAGGGGACCCUGACCCAGGAGUAAUGGCAAGAUGUCUUCCUGCAUAGCUGAAGUUCAAGUCAGUACCUACAUGGCUGCUCCAUGUUGGGGACAGUGUAUCAGACCUCCCUGUUUGCAGGUGCUUGUAUCUUCACAGGAAACCCUGAGGUGGUUGCCUUGGAAAGGCUGAUUGGCUCUGAUCAAGCCUGAAGCUAGUGACUCACCUGACUUUUGGAGCUUAUUGUAUAUUUAAGCCUCCUUGUCUCGUCCCUGCUUAUCUCACAGCACUGGUGUGUGGCUCGUUGUGACUAGUAGAGUCAGGAGAAGAACUUUUUCCACAUCAGUGGUUGGCAUGAUUUCUUUCUGAUGUUCAUUGUCACUUACGUGAGUUUCUGGAAAACGCAGUCUUGAGAAGUUAAUUCACUAAGAAUCCACCUUUGUCACUCCCUCUAGAAAAGGUUCAGAAAAGAUGCAAAACAAAUUCCUCUUUUAGUCACCUAGUCCUUUUGUAGAUGUCUUCAUUCUUUAAAUGUAAACACUAUGCAACAGAAGUUUUCCAGACAUCUUCUCUCUUGGUUCUAGAUUGUCUAGAUUGAAACACGUUUGCCGUCUUUCUGAGGUUCAGUUCCAGGGUUUGCCACCCUGAGUCACGAUAGACAAUAGAAACAAAGGUUCAAUAGAGUACUUUUGCAGACGAGCAGCUGUUAAAGGGAAAGCAACAUUGAGCUUAUUUUUCUUCAUUCUGGGGAAAAGGGACAUUAAUUAUAAGAUUAUAUUCAGUUCAGUGAAUUUCCAAAUUCACACUGAAAAAUACAGGCCAUUUAUGAUUCCUGAAAAAAAUGAAUAUUUACGUAUUAUACCUCAGGCAUUUGGGGGGCUUUGGGGAGAUCUUUUUAUACCUCUUAGCCAAUAGACAGUUACGUGUCUCUUUAACUCCAACUUUACAGGAAAUUGAGGCAGAAAUGUUCAUUUCAAAAGUGGUUUUAAAAGUAAGUUUUAAUGAGCUUUCCUCCCAAAUUCAGAAUUUGAUAAUCACAGUGUUGUCAGAGAUCUAAAAGGUGGAAGACUCUAGGCUAGAAAUGGGGAAAAGCCGUAUUUUUAGUCCUGGGAACAUUGAACCCUGAUUGCAAGAGUCUGAGACACUAAAUCUGUUUUCCCUUCGUCUGUUCUGCUCACAGACUGUACCCUGCUGCUUUUUUGUACCUUGGUGUUUUCUCACCACACACGCACACACGAAGGAACUACAUAGGCCAUCUCAAAGGAGAUGCACAGCUAACAGUUUAGAGGCACCUUCUAUCUGCCUGCGCUGUAUAGAGUGAGGAGACAGAAAGCAUGCUUACCAAAUUUGUAGAUGACACAGAACUGGACAAGAUCCCCAGUUUGUUGGCUUACAAAUCUGGGAUUCAUUUAUUCGUGAGCAUGUAUUGAAUUUUAACUAUGCACUGGCUCUAGGAUAUACCGAUCACUACGCUUUUUUGAAAUAUCUGAACAUAGGACUGAAACUAAAAGAAUGAAAUAGAACAGGUAUGAAUGAGAAACCCUAUGUACUGGGUUUUUAAAAUGCAACCCUGUAAGUACACAGUGGAGUGUGUGUGUGUGUUUUAUGGUGUGUGUGUGUUGAUGGGAAGAGUAUUGGGAAGACUUGAUUUAACAGCUGUUUAUAUGUAGAAGUUUUUUUUAAAUGGAAGUGUGAGUUCACUUUUGAGUCAGGAGUAUAUUAUGGUAUUCAAAAAGCUAAUGCAUUCAACCACUGUUAACAGAAAUCCAGGGAGCCCUAGACUCUGCUUUGGUCCAUCCACAUCUGGGUUCGAUUUUGGGAAGCACAUUUUAAGAGAGACGUUAGUAAAUUGAAUGUGUCCAGAGGCAAGUGACUGGGUUGUGAAGAGUGUGACCCUACAGUGAACGGGAAUAAUUCUCCUGAAGAACAGAAGGUAUAGUGGGAAGGGACAAGGAGGGAAUCAUAUGAUAGCUGCCUCUAAAUUUCCAUUGAGCUAGAUAGAAGAAGAAUUAGAUUUAUUCUUUGUAGCUUCAAAGGGCAAAAAUAGAAUAAAGAGAGGACAUUUACAGAUGACAGAUGUUUGCUUCAAUAUAAGAAAGAAUUUUCUAAUGAUAAGGGUUGUUCUAAAGGGGAAUGCAUUCAAUUAGUAUAAUGUCCUGUUUCUGCAAAUGCAGAAAAAAAACAAAGAUUAAAAUGGCCGUCUAUCCUGGAUGCUAUGAAAGGGAUUUUUACAUACAAUCUGGGCUAAAUGACUAUACCAGGAUCCCUUCUACAUAUAGAUUUAGUCUGUAAAGUAACAGGAUUCUCUAACUCUAGUUGCCUUUUUCUCAAUAAGUGGUUUUCCAUUCUCUCUGAAAUACAGUGUGGUCCCCUAGAGGUUUUUGUCACAUGAGGACUCCAAGGCAUACCCCUCCCCAUUUUGUACUAAAGACACUGAAGAGUCCUCUGAGUGCAUUGAAGAGUUAGCAGGAUUUUGAAGAUUUCAGCACCUCCCUUCAUCCCCCAAACUUGGAACCUCUCAGAUUUCUGCCUCACCUGCUAGCAUUACAUAUAUAUUGCUUAUUUGAUCUUAAUUUUUUGUUUGGUUAAUCCCCAUUGCCUUAGUACUUCCACCUGGACUUUUUUUUUUUCUUUUUUUUUUAGACCAAGGGGUGGAAAAAU